AUGGUAUUAGGUCACAAUAUAAACGAGGGUCAGAGGACGAAGGAUAUCCAAAUAACGCAAGAUAUAACGUUUGAAACCAUGCUUCUUUCUGAGGAUACAUUAAAUGGCUUAAAAGGUUCUGGUUUUUAUAAACCAUCUCCUAUUCAGUUACACGGCAUUCCAUUAGGAAAAUGUGGAUUUGAUUUACUAUUAGAAGCAAAGUCAGGAACAGGGAAAACAGCAGUAUUCACAGUUAUUGCCCUAGAAAAUCUAGACUUGGGUAAAGGACUUCAAGUUGUAGUUCUUGCACCAACUCGGGAAAUAGCUGCCCAAAUUUGUGAUGUUCUUAGACAAAUAGGACAAAAAUUUGAAGGUUUAUGUGUUGAAGUUGUAAUGGGAGGCUUAUCUAUUCAAGAAGAUAUAAACAAAUUUAAAAAUAACAAUGUCCAUAUAGUGGUAGGUAGUCCUGGUCGCCUUAAACACCUUAUUCAUGAAAAACAUAUUGAUUUAAAAUCAGUAAGACUGUUUAUUCUGGAUGAAGCUGAUAAGUUAAUGGAAAAAAGUUUCUUAGCAGAUAUUAAGUAUAUACAUUCUGCUUUACCUAAGCAAAAGCAAGUGAUAAUGAGUAGUGCUACAUAUCCUGAAAGUUGCAAAGAAAUCAUUAACCAAUUUGUUCAUGAUGCACAACAUAUUUGUCCUAAUAGUAAUUGUAUUUUAUUAGGAGUAGCUCAGAAAGUUACAUAUGUAAAGUAUAACAGUAACAUUGUAAGACAAACAGAAAAUAGAUUUAUUGAAUUACUAAAAAUUUUAUCAAAAAAACAAUUUAAGCAAUGUCUAAUUUUCUGUAAUUAUCAAGCCAGAGUGGGAGAAUUACAUAAAAUGUUAACUAGAGAAAAAUGGCCAGUAGAACAAUUGUUUGGUCAACAAGACCAAAUUGAUCGUUUAGAUGCACUUAAGACUUUACAACAAUAUAAAUGUAGGAUUUUAGUAUCAACAGAUUUAGCUGCACGUGGAAUAGACGCAUCAAAUGUAGAUUUAGUAAUAAAUUUUGAACCUCCAUAUGAUUGGCCAACUUAUUUGCAUAGAAUAGGAAGGGCAGGAAGAUUUGGUUCUUAUGGUAUGGCUGUUACAAUACUUAGUGAAGGUGUAGAAACAAAUAAGUUUAUGAAUCUUUUACAAUCUUUGAAUACAUCAGUUUGUUUAUUAGCUCUAUGGCCUGAGGAUAAUGCAGAGGAUGAUAAUACUGCUAAUACUGAUAACAAGCAAUUAAAACGUUCUAUAGGAAAAGAUACUAUUGAACAUGAUGAUGUAGAAAAUUAUUUUGAAAAAUUUUGGACAAUUAUUUGUAACAAUGAAGAAGUAGUGAAACCACACCUAAAAGCAGAGAGCUUUGAUGAAUUAAUGAAUUCAUACAAAAAUAAUAAUCAGCAUGAAAUUGCAUCAUUCUCAGAACUGCUUACAUCCUUUCAGUCAAGCCAUUCAUUUGAUCAUAAUGAAUCUGAUAGUUAUUUGUAUAAAAAUGUUGAACUGCCAGAUAUAUCAAAUAUGGAUUUAAAUUUAAAAAAUUUAAAUAAAAGCUUACAAUUCAUAAAAAAUCACAUUCAUGAGCGUAUGGAGAAAAAUUAUAACAUAUUGGACCGUGAAGGUGUGAAUGACCACAAUGUAUCACAUAGUUCAAAACUUAGUGAUGAUGAUAUGAAAUCUAAAUACACAGCUGAAGUUCUCAACAUUAAACAUGAUAUCAAUGAUAAUAAAAUAAAUAGCUUUUGUGCUGAUUGCAAAAAUAAUAAUCUUACAGUAGGAAUAAAUGAUAAAACCAGCCCAAAAUUAAAAGAAGAAAAUGCUGAAUUAUUAAAAUUGGGACUACCAUUAUGUUUUUCUAGUUUCAACAAGAAACAAAAUAAUAAAAAAUGUUCAGUAAGCUCCCAAAAUCAAAUUCAAUAUUCUGAAAAAAAAUUAAGACAUUCUAAUGAAUCCAAAGAAAAUAUGAAUAAAAAUCCAAUUUCAUAUUUUAAUAGGCAAUCAAAUAAGCCAAACUUGAAGAAGAAAUUGUUGUUAAAUCAAGAUACUAAUGUUAAGAAUAGGUUUCCAAAUGAAAUUGAAUGUGGUUCACAAGCUUCAUCUUCUUGUAUUCAUAAUCAUGCACCAAAUUCAAAAUAUGCUAAUUGGUAUAGUAAACUAAAGUUACAAGUAAAACAAAUUGAACAAAUGAUAUACAUUGAGGAGCUCAAUAAAUUCAAU